ACUGUUUAACCUACUUUGGGUCGGUCCUGUCGCGAUAGCCGGCGUCUGUUUUCUCAGAGAGUGACCAAUUUGCUGUAGAAAUGUCGUUAUCACCAAUGGUUCCAUUUUUUAUUUUGCUCACAGUGUUUUUGGCAGUAACAGGUGUAGAUGUGAAGAAGCGAAUAUUAAUGAGUGAUCCAGCUUACAUACAACAGGAACUUCACGAGAUUCACGUUAAACUACAGCAGUACGACGGGAUGAAAUCACAACUUGCCUCCCAUCAAUCUAUGCUCACGGCCCAAGACGCGCUGAUCAAGUCACUAUUUGCGAAAAAUAGUCUCCUCGAAUCAAGAAUCAAUGAUGCUGCUUCGAAAGGCGUAGUUUACGUGCGAUGGGGACGGAAAGACUGCCAAGGAAAUACAACAGAACUGGUAUACUCUGGUUUCGCUGGAGGGUCCCAUUACGCGCAUUCUGGAGCCUCUGCGGAAUAUGUGUGUCUUCCACCCGAUCCCUUGUGGGGACCACACAAAGACAGUCCUUCUUAUCUACCAUCUGUUAUGUACGGCGCUGAGUAUGAGGAUACCGUUCUAUUCAAUGUACAAAACAGAAAUGAGGAGGUCCCUUGUGCCGUGUGCCGUACCUCAACCCACUCCACAUCGAUUAUGAUCCCGGCGCGGACCGCCUGUUACCCAGGCUGGGAGGAAGCGUACCAUGGAAACCUAGCCGGACAGUAUUUCGCCCACCCUGCCGGUGGUGAGUACGUGUGUGUGGACGAGGAUCCACAGACGUUGAUAGGUGGAGGAAGAACUGACGAUAACGGGAAGUUGUUUUACCAGGUCCGAACAAGAUGUGGCUCGUUAAAAUGUCCACCCUACGAGGAAGACAAGGUCUUGUCUUGUGUUGUUUGCCUAAAAUAAAUAAAACCGCCAUCACACAUUUUAA